AUGUCGCACUCUUGGCUACAGCGGCAGCGAAAGCAGGCCUUGCUAGAUCUCUCUAAAGAAGCUGGUUUGGAACUGAACGAAGAUCUCCGCAAAGAUGAAAUCGUAGAAACCCUCGACGAGUACCUCCCAAAUAACAAAACGCGUCUUCAGAGCAAUUCAGCUUUCGAUGGCUAUUGGGUCACAAGACGUGGAACAACGCCAUUCAAGACACGUGAAAGCACAGCUGCAUUUAGUGUUGUCAAGGGCAGGCCACGACGCGCCACAAGGGUCAAGCAAGAGUCUGAGUACGUCGACGCGAUUUCUGCUGUGACAUCUGCUCUCAGCCCCUCUGGCCAACUUAGUUCGCGUACUCCAGCAACACGUGCCCGCAGAAUAUCCCAGCUUCCAGGACCGCCAUCUCCCGCGACUGUUGCUGACAUCGUGGAAGAAGAAUCUGCGCACUUCAUGGAACGCCUGAACGACCUCUACACUCUUUCUGGCAUUGAUGAUUACAUUGCAAAUCUACGGGAAGCUUGCUCCAGUGUGACGGCUAUCCAGACCACGUUCCUGAUCAUCGAAGCAUUUGCUCUUCAGCGAGCUGUCAUGCCAUGGGAAUGGCGAUUCAAAACACCUGCUUUUCCGGCAGCUCACAUCCCUAGCAUCUCGGUCAUCCUGCCGGACCUGUUCGUCCUCGUCACCGGAUCCUACUGGUCAAAGACUCUACUCUUCAGCGCCACCAAUGUGAUACUGCCUUGGAUCCUUGCAUACUUCUACAACCUGACUAUCCGCGACGUCAAGCGGGGAAAUGCACGUGUAUCUGUUGCAAGAUACCAAGCAGACCCUUUCACUUUCAAUGUUGUGAAAGGCUUACUUGUCUGGUUGGUGUAUGGGCAGGGCGUUAGCUUUGGCUUGAUCAAUCGCGAAGUCGCACAAGAUGUCAAUCGGUAUAUCUAUGGCGGAGCUACCGCCAUGAUUGUCUCCAGCGUGAUUGGAGCGACAGCAGCAUUGUAUGAGGCUGCGCAGCGUCGCACAGUCGCUUGA